AGCGUGACCGGCUUGACCGAGGAGCGAUACGAAAUUGUUGUUAAGAUGUUCGAGAAGCCCACUUCGAGAAUCAUUACACCUGCAUUCGAGGACGUAUUGCUUGCGUUCGUCUUCAACUCCACCCAACAUGUCCGACACCGAACCAUAUCGCCCAGCGCUUGACGACCCAACCGCCUAUGUUCUGUACCGAUACAUCCCAAACCGGAUAGCGGCAAUCAUCUUCGUCAUCGCAUUCGGUCUUACGACUUUUCUGCACAUUUUCCAAUUCAUCAAGAAAAAGACAUGGUACUUCACACCACUAGUGAUUGGAGGUCUCUUUGAGGUUAUAGGUUUUAUCGGACGAUACCUCUCACACGAUGAUGUUUGGGCACUUGGUCCCUUCAUCAUGCAGUCGCUGCUCAUCCUACUUGCCCCGGCACUCUUCGCAGCCUCCAUCUACAUCAUACUGGGUCGCAUUAUCCUGUUGGUCGACGGAGAGCGCUACUCGCUGGUGCGUCAGAAGUGGCUCACGAAGUUGUUCGUCGGAGGAGAUGUGUUCAGCUUCAUGCUGCAAGCAUCAGGUGGCGGUAUCCAGGCAAUGGGUACGCUGGACGCAUUACAUACCGGCGAAAAGAUUAUCAUCGGUGGUCUAUUCGUUCAACUGCUCUUCUUCGGCUUUUUCAUCGUCGUAUCUGGAGUCUUCCACUACCGCCUCUCCAGAGACAUUCCCCUAAAGAGGCGCUACAGCCCCUUGUCAUUGUUCAAAUCUCGACAAUCUCAUGAGAUCGUACAAGCCUGGUCCACCGUAUCCAGAGCUAGCAUCCACGAUCUACCUUGGAAGCGCCACCUGUUCAACCUGUACUUCGCAAGCGCGCUCAUCAUGAUUCGAAGCAUCUUCCGUGUCGUGGAGUACCUCGGAGGAAACGCAGGAUAUUUGCUCAGUCACGAAGUGUACCUAUACGUCUUCGAUGCACUGCUGAUGUUCUUUGUCAUGGUCUCGUUCAAUUGGGCCCACCCAAGCCAGGUCACGGACGCCUACCAGAAGAGACUUCGAAGCGGUUCGCCUAUGGAGCUUCAACAUUCUCGCGAUAUGUCGAUGGCUGCGGAUGAAGAGCACAUGAUGGGACACCGGGAGGCUAAGAAUGGUGUAAGGACUGGUGGCAGGAGCGAUGGCAGGGGGGAAUCUCGACGUUCAAGUAGCAGGCAUGCUUCUCGGAGUUGAGACAGCAGGGGUGGAUCUAUUGAUUAUGACAUCAAGAGGAGGACUUCAUCCGAAUUUCACGACUGGAGGAUAAGAAGUAAUGACGGCCCUGCAAGAAGUAAGCGACCAGGUGUCCGCCAGUACGUCUCCUACGCUCAGGGACGCGGAAUAUCGUGGG